CAACACUGCUCGAAUCGCUUUACAAGGAACUGUCAAAAGCAUGUGUUCGAUUAAAUAACAUGUAAACAAACCGAAAAACCUCUGUAAAUAGCAGCGCCGCAAGGAUGGAUUACGAAUUACGGAAUAUCAAAGAUUUUCUGCAACUGUACAACAAAAUCACCGACAUGUGUUUUAACUCCUGCGUGGACAAUCUGUUCGGCCGGGAUCUGACGCGUGAGGAAGUAUCGUGUGCUGAUAAUUGUGUGCUCAAGUUUACUAACGUAAAUCAGCGAUUGCUGAAGGUGUACGUUGGCGUGCAGUCGGACAUUAACCAGCGCCGGUUGGCAGAGGUGGAGACACAGCAGGCAAAAAUGGUAGCCGAAGCCCAGCAGCAGCAACAAGAGCAACAAGCAGCAGCUGCAGCAGCAGUUCCAGCAACGCCCGAAGUGGCCACCGCAUCAAACUCCACAGAACCUUCCGUAGCAUAAUAGAGCCAUGCCACCACCGCCUGGCCAAUGCU